UUGCGAAACAAACCUUGGACCUUUCCACCAGCGAAAGGUUUAUACAAUGGCUACAGAUUUGUCAAUUGAGGAGCGCUACAUACAACACCAAAGAGGAUUGUUUGUGGGUGUGCCGCGACCUGCUGCGCCUGUGAGCUAUGUGAAUUGUGUGCGGUCUCCUCCACCUCAACACUACCAGGCAACUCGUGCUCCAGAACGUCCAGACCAAAACCUCCACUCAGCAGUGCAGAAUUUGCAGAAACAGGUCAAUGAAUUGCAGCACUUGUUUCAUUCUCUUGCGCAGCAGGUGUCGCGCAGCACUCCCACUGAGCCCAUCAUGACGCACCAACCUGAAGUUGCACGUACUCCGUCGGAAGAGGCGCUCCUGCGCCUUCAUCGCCAGCGUCGGCAGCAAUGCAACGAGCGUGCUGAGCAGCUGCACCGUGAAGCACAGCAGCCGCACCGCGAAGCACAGCAGCCGCACCGCGAGCCUGAGGCCGUGGAGACGUCGGAGGCUCGCGAGGCUUCACUGCCAGAGACUUCCCGCACCGCUGCCGCUGCGCGGGAGCUGUCAGAGCCACGGCGUCAGGCGAAGAGGUCUUGGAUACAAGGCUUGAGCAAAGGGCCGAGCCUUUGGCAGGUCUUGCAGCAACGACUUUGCAAAGAGCAAAAAGAGGAGCCCGGGGGCAAGAAAAAAGAAACUGGUACUGAUACAAAAGCAGUCAAUGAAGAGGCCACUCCAAACAUGCCUAUGGAUGAGUUGUGCAAAUACAUUUGCUCGGACCUUCAAAAUCGAUUUGGAUGCCUUGAGGUGGCGGCUGUACAUGCUGCUCUGUCCAUGCGAAUGUGUUCAGAGCAAGAGAUUGAUUCAUACCUCUCUACAGCAGAAGAUGGGGAAAGAGGUGUUCGUUCAACACUAGCAGCAGCUGCAAAAGCACUGCCGCCAAUCGCUUUUGGAGCUCAAGCCUUUGAGGAUGCUUUGCUGGAUGUCCUUCAGGUGCGCAUAUCGCGAAAGAGCGCCCGGAGGCUGUUUCGGCAACUGGCUUCUUUGCCGACAAGUACGGCACCGAUAGGCAGCAGCGGAACUACAGCACAGCUUACUCAGCUGAGCAAUGUCAAGCUGGAAGAAAGCCAGCCGGUUUCUCCACCAAGGAGAAGUGCUUGGACUCAGCCAGAGAAAGGUCUAUCUCGCAGCAGAUCAGAAGGGCGCACUACUGUGAAAGUGGCACGUCCGGAGGCGCGGACUGAGACCGCAGCUGCCAAAAGGCCAGCAGGUGGCGUGCAUUUACAGGAACAAAUCCGUCAGCGCUGGCAGCAUGGCCUCCGCGAGAAGAGUGAGAGCCCCGAAGGCUCCAAGGUGUCUUCAAGGAGGUCUUCCUUGAAAGCAUCCCCACCGCCUUCAAAGCAAGCCUCCACCAAUCCACUACCGCCUAAUGUGGACCGGCGCAGCUAUGAGGUGUGGCGCCGGGACGUGUCACUGAAGUCCUUGCUGGCCUUUGAGGCGGAGGUAAAAGCUCGUCAAGAGUCCUCAACAACGUCCAGUGAAAACGAAGCAGUUCGCGAUCGUGAGCUCCCUGCUUCAUCGAGAUCUUCAAAAUUGCCUUCCUCAGAUUCACCACCGUCCUCCCUGAGGCUGCGCCGUUCCUCUGAAGAACUAUGCGUCGAUGCACGGCCAAUUUGAUGUUUUUCUCCCUGAACUGCCAAAAUUGGGCUCUCAAGGACACUAGAGUUUGAGCAAUUCAAGCUUCAUCGUCUACCAAGGAGGCUCUUCCAGCUUGCCCUGCACCCUUGCUAGGACUUCCAUCCCAAGUCCAGACCACAGAGAGCUAGGGUAGCUGAGGCAGGCAUUGGAUUGGUUGUGGCUGCAACUGACAGAGUGCGGCGCACCUUUUACAUUUCUCUUUGUGGCAUUGUGAGCUUCCAUUUUGGGUUGCUCUUUGGACAGCUCGCUUCUUCAAUUGGCUCCACGCACAAAGCAAUUAAGAUGUAGACUGA